CGCCCCCAGCAGCUGAGCGACUCCUGUGAAGGAUGGCGGAGCUCUGGUUCUGAUUUAAUCAGUCUUUGCUGAAAACAUCUGAACAAAGGAGACCCUCGGGAUCCCAGAAGGCAACGCAUUCUCCAGAUAAAACCAAGCAGAGGGCAUCGGCCUCGCUCUCCAGCCGCCAGCAUGAUGAAAGGCUGCCUACAGUUCCUUAUCGAGCCGGCCAAGAAGCUCAAGAUCCGACUCAAGGAAUCUCGCAAGAGAGUGAAGCAGGACAAGAAGGAGCCGCUGGUGGAAAGUCAGUUAUUUAUUAUGGAGCUGGGUCGGGAGCUGAACAGGAUCUGCCAGAGAUCAAACAUCCUCAGCCACAUCUGGACGGGUGAGGACAUCUGGUCUGCCAGCAUUUGCAGAGACUUCAUCGUGGACUGGGCUGCUGUGCUGGAAAAGAGGGUGCAGCACAAGAUCAUGCCAUCUGAGUACCAGUACGAAAAACCAGCAAAGAGGGACUGGAAGGGGCACCUUCUCUGCAUGUUGGAGUCAGAGGGCGAAUACGACAUGGGGCCGUACAAACGGGUCAUCAUGGACUGGACCCGGGAGAUUAAAAGCAGGGCUCAGGCUCCUGUCUGGCCAGGUGAGCCGGUGCUCAUGAUGUUGGAUGAUCUGGAAUUCCAGUGGAAGAGAGGCCGCCUGCCCAACCUGCUCCCAGCCAUGGAGCUCAUCAUGCUGGCUGUGCUGAAUGCUGACAGCCCAAUAAAGGAGGAUGUGACUAAACAGUGGCUGGUGAAAAAGCAGAGGAGCCAGAGGAUUGAUGCAGUCCGCUACAUCCCACACGGUGUUUGGAACUGGAUUUGCGAGGCAUCAGAGGAUAUCACCCUGGACUCAGAGUCUGCUAACCCCAACUUGCUCAUCUCUGAUGAUGAGAAACGCAUGCGUUGCGGUCUGGAGCGCCGCGUUGUCCCACCCUGUCAGGGGCGCUUCGACGGAUGGUGGUGUGCUGUGGGAAAGGAGGCCUACGCCUCCGGACGCCACUACUGGGAAGUGGAGGUAGGCGAGAGAGACUGGCGUCUGGGUGUUGCCAAAGCAUCCGCUGUGAGGCAGGGCUUCCGUUCCCUGAACACAGACACGGGGUACCUUACCAUCCGGCUGGAGAGAGGCACGGAUCUGAAAGCUCUGACCGUGCCCGCUUCCCUUCUACCCCAAAAUCUGAUGCCCAGAAAAAUCGGGGUGUAUCUGGACUAUGAGCUGGGCCAGCUGUCCUUCUACGAUGUGGAGAAGCGGUCACACAUCUACACUUACAAUGAAAACUUCACAGAGGAACUGUACCCUCUGUUUGGGACCGUGGAGGUGGUCAAAGAUCUGGUGAUCCGACCUGCAGGCGUCCGACAGCCAUGCCUCUGUCCCGGGCCGUGCCUGUGGACCUGAAUGCCAUGCAGUAACCAACCCGGACUCUCUGCAGCCCUCUGCUUUGUGCUGAGGUGCCUCAUGAGAUCAGGAUCAAGAACUGCCAUUCAUCCAUAUUGUUUUCGUAUUUUUUUGCCUUCAUGGACACAUAGUAAAACGGACUCUUUGUAACUUACAGAUUAAUGUUUGUCAGGUAAAAAGUGUCAGGUAAAACAGAG